GCGACGGGUAACUACGGAAGCUAAAAAUGUUAUUCUGAAAUAAUUGUUAUCUCUGUCUAUUGUUUGCCGGUUUUGUUAUAAUGAGUGAUAGUGGAAUGUUGUUUUGAUUAGUUGGAAUAUCUUCUUUUUAGUUUCGAAACUUUCAAUGGAUCGAAUUGGCUGUUCAUGACAUUGUUAUUCUUCGAAGAAUUAACUUCGUAGUCAUGAUUGUUUAGUCCUGGUCAUACGGUAGUCGAUGUCGCAUUAACAGCGAUAAGCUGAUUUGAUUAAACAUGAAUAGCAAGAUGACGACUUAUCUUACACAAGAGUUUGUGGAAAGAAAAAUAAGUGUGUUAAAAACUCUGCAAGAUGGUUGGGGCGUUGAUCGAUACAAAACAGGAAAUUUUUAUCGACUUGACUUAAAAAUGUGCCAAAUAAAAGAUCUAAGUUAUAGUUUUGAAUGGGGACAAGAGAGAGGUAUUCCUCCUCGUUUGGCGAAGAUUACAGAAACACCAUCGAAAAUAUUGUACCUUGACAUUUCUUUGAAUGAGUUAAUCAGUUUGACAUCUGAAGGACUUCUUCCCUUUCGUAAUCUUCGAGUUUUGGACGCAUCUUUAAAUCAGAUCAGUAAUUUCCAGGGUAUUGAAGUGUUGCCUCUCCUCUACAGUUUAAAUCUCUCACACAAUAUGGUAUCGAAUGUACAGGGACUGGUCAACAGUGGCUCAUUAGUGGAACUCAAUUUAAACAUGAACAAAAUAACCGAUUUGUCCAGAAUGCCCAGUCUCAUUAACUUGAAAGUGUUGAAUCUCAACAAUAACCACCUUGCAACACUAGAUGGGGUAUCAGCCCUUCCUAAACUUCAAGAACUUUAUGUACAAAGAAAUAAUCUUGUUAGUCUUGUACAUGUCACAAGUUGUUUUUAUUUGACUGUUUUAAACGCUGCGGAAAAUAAAAUUCACAAUCUUGAUGGGGUAACUGAUGUUCUACCUAGAUUAGGUAACCUACAAGUUCUGUGCCUUCACGGGAAUCCGAUUGAUCGAGAAAAUGAUUAUCAACAUAGUCUCUUAUCAUCCAGUGAUAAUAUUAUGAUGUUAGAUAAUAUAAGUGUCAGACCUCUAGCAAGAAAACAAGUUCCGAUGCGAGAUCCUCAUUCGGAAAAUAUAUCAAAUUUACAGGAAGCAGCUCGUCAGGCUUUUGACGAAAGAAUACGUGCCACCAGAAGUAAAGUUGAUGAAAACGUCAGCUUUCUUCAAAAACGCAUCAUUGCUUUACAAGAUGAACAGAAAGAUUUUGAACAUAAAAUGAAGAAUGAUUUAGAUGCAUGUUUGAGAUAUUUGGGUACAUUGUCCAAUGGAGAAGCUGCUGGAGUAGAUCGGACAUCUUUCUCACGGGGUUUCCCUUCUGCUCGUGACGACUUGCAAACGGAUAAAAGUACAGCUAGACGGAAUAAAAAUGACUAUAAAGGUGUGAAAGAUACUGACGAAGUGCUAAGAUGUGCCUAUAAUGAACUUUCUACAGAGAAAUCCUCGAGAUGGGAUGAUAUUUAAAACAAUGAAUGGAUUAAUUCUUUCUUUCAUACAAUAAACUUGUUGGACAUAUGGUACUAUGUAGUAUACUAGUUCUUUGCGGGGAAUUUUGAGAUUGGGGUGCUCUAAAGAGUAUUAGUUUUUGAGCGGUCCUACUUAAUUCUAAAGGACUAUUUAUGCAGAAUCUAUUUUUUAAAUUAUAAAAUACAUUUUAGACAUUUCAUUGCAGCUGAUUAUUAUUUUUUAGAAAAUAUAUUAAAGUUUUAGUUCUGUCUUACUCACUUCUU